CUGCAUCUUACCUUUUUCUGGAUAUUUGAGGCAAUAAGGUCGCAUUAAUGUUCAUAUCAUCAUCUCACUGAUUUAUGCCUUUUUGUUAUUCUUUCUUUUAUAGUUUCCAAAAAUAUGGGAUUUUGACUUUCCUUAAAGCUCCCCCUUACUCUCUGUUCUCCUCUAAACAACAUCCAUGGAUACCUCUCUUCCACAAUUGCCUUCUCUCUCCGAGCUUGAGUCUCGGAUGCAAGUAAUGCGCGUAUCUGCUCUUGAAGAUAACCAAACCGGUGAAACUUUCUCUCAGCGCGCUGAAUGGUUUUACCAGAGACGUCCUCUUCUUCUUUCACUAUGUCAAGAUCUCUUUCACGGUUACGCCACUCUCUUGAACCGUUACGACCAAGCUAAACCACAAAACCUUAAACCUGUUUCUCAUGAAAAUAACUCUAAUGAUGAUACCGACAUAAGUUCUCAAGUCGAGAGCAUCUUGUCCUUUGAACAGACUCAAAUCACGGCUUGUGAUAAGCAGAAAGUUGACGAGUUAGUCUCGCAGCUCGUGACCGCAAACUUGGAAAGAGACAUGGCGCAGGACGAGUUGCUUCGCGGUGAGCAAAAGUUCAGAGAAGCUUCCGAGACGAUCGAGUUGCUAAAGAAGCUUGUGAUGUUGCUUGACAUGGAGAAAGAAGUAGCUGUGGAGGAAACUGUGAGUCUCGGAUACAAACUCGCUUCUCUCUUGGAAGAGAACAAAGACCUAGCAACGGAAGCACUGUUCAUGAAAAAGGAAGCUGUGAGGCUCGCUAGAUGCAUGCUAAAGAUGAGGGAUGAACAUAUUCACCAGGUGUGCGUUCUACAGAGCCAAGUGUAUGCGUUGCAGUCAUCGAGAGAGUCUGUUUAUGAAAAUGCAUCCUCACCGAGCUGCUUUGGGUUGGAUAAGAGCAAGAGCAAGAAGAGAAAGAUGAGUGAAACAAGAAGUGAACCAGGAGAGAAAAAGAGGAAAUCUAAGUGGUUGAAGAGACUUAACCCGUUUGUUAAAUUCAGCGUUAGCCCAUCGCCUGCUCUUCUCCAUCAAUAGAAACAAGUUUACUCUUUACAUUGACCUUUGCAUAAUAAUAAUGUCUGCUUUAUAUUCUACUUGCCUUGUAAACAUAGCAGUGUGGUCUUGUUUUCUGAUCCAUAGUAGAGAGAGUAGUGCAGCUCAAUACUCUUGUGAUUUAACUUGUUUGGUUGAUGGAAACUUAUAUCAAUUUUGUAAUUGUUUCACUGUUGGAAGGUAUGAAAGACAUAUGCAUUCUCCUUAACAUCUACCAAGCCCUGAAAUAUGGUAGAGUCCUCUCUCUUUGUAUCUUGGAGUCUUGAGCAUUUGGUAAUAUUCACACAGACUGUCUUAAUCUGUAUCAUGGUGGAUUAGGACUAUAAAAAACUUGUAGCAAUGGCUAUGGUUUGGUUUUGUUUGUCUGCUUACCAAAAAUGGCCCACUUCCAAGGAAAAAGGGCCUUGGUCACUCGUGUAGAAAAGGAAGAAAUGGUUAAAAAUGAAGACCAUGUUCACGUGCUGCAGCGGCAAGAGCUUCAAUACGUUUAUGGUACGGGUAACCACCACGGUCAAAUGCCGCCUUUGUGAUCCCUUUCUCCAAGCAACUUUUUGCUAUAGCGUCUCCUACAUUAUACGCUAUCUCCUACUCAAAAUGCCACAAACAAAAACUAUUAUUACAUCAUGUCUAUAGAAAAAUCAAUUUGAGGGUGAUUUGUGCGUGAAUGGUUACUAUCAUCAAGUAGAUGUGGUUACACAUCUACUUGCAACCCAAGUUUAGAAGGCGGGUACACAAAAAGUACUUACAAUGGUGUAGUUGAUGUCCUCAGAGAUAGGUUUAUGUUUGGUGGAAGCUGAAGCUAAAGUGUGUGUGCAUCUUACUAUCACAAUUACUUGCACAUAAAAAUAUGCUUGUUUGAGCGAAAAGCCACAGCCUUGGCAUCUUUGUUGUAUUGUUAUUCCAACCUAUGAGGAGAAUGUAGAGCAUUCCAGUAAUGGACCCGUAUAUGCGUGGUCACAUGUGAAGAUAGUAAUUUUUCACCAUAGAAUAAUCGAUUUUUGGCCUUUACCAACAGAGUAACUCCGCAUCUAAUGAAAACCAAUAGACCACCACGAUGUGGUUGACUAUAUUUGAAGGACAGAUUCGUGGAAUAAUUUUUGGUAUGUGUUUUCAAUUUCAAAGGUGGGACUUUGUACACCUUAACCUCUUGGCGAUGAACCUUUGAUGGGAUGACCUCAUCGUAAUUCAUAAACCAUUGGCUGGGUCUACAAAAAAAUAUUUAUGCUGAUGUGUUUGAAGCCGGCUUGAGAAGAAAGUCACUCAAGGUAAACAGGUUUGUGUACAUUUCUAUAUUUGCAUGAACCCAAAUGUUUUGUGCCAAAAUGGAUAUAAUCUUCUUCUCUUAUGGAUUGCCAAGAGGUACAUGUAUUUUGUUCAUAAUCUUCUUACACCAGAAAACAUUCGAGACCCACCCCAAGGCCCCAUAAAAUUAAACUACAGACACUAAGUUAAUGAAUUUGAGCUUCUGAGGAAACAUUCACAUAGAUUCAUGUAUCUCUCAAGAUUUCACUCUCGUGCUAGGCCCUGCACGUAAAUGUUUGCUCUAGAUCAAUAGUUAAUCUAGAGGUCAAUCAUUCCUAACCAAUAGUUUAUAGACACAUGAUAAGAUAGAAAAAUAAUAUAUAUUUAUAUCUUAUGUAAGUUAUGUUGUUUGUCUUGUAAUCGAAAAGUCGGUAUUCCCGAAAUUGUACAUGAAAUUUAAGAAAUUUGUAGAUAGAUUUGACCUUUAGAGGGGCCAUGUUAGGUUGCAGAAGUGAGGCCAGCUCUCUGAUCAUAUGUUUGAACAUGUUAGGGAUGUUAAUGAGGAUGAUGGAGAAGAAGACAAGGCACGUUAUAGGAAUCAUGUUGUCCCACUUUCACUUUAAUACAAUCACAUCGUAUCAUUCAUCGCAUUACCUCACUAUGUGCGUUAUACGGCUGUACUAUUUUCUUUCCUUCUCUCUUCUUAUUUUAUAUUUUGGGUUUAAUGAUUGGAUUCUCAUAAGUGCAAGGGAUGUCAUCUAAUUUUGAUUCUAGUUCCUGUUUGACUUUUUUGUAAGUUCUUAUAUAUAUAUAUUUUUUUUUUUACGUCGGUAAGUUCUUAUAUUAAGAUUUAAGCACCCAUCUAAUGAAAAGUUAUUGAUAUAUUGUUUGUACAUUUUUUGUCACAUGUUCUACUAUUUUGGGGGUUAAACUUGGUUGUUAUGGCUGUCAAAGUAACCAAAUAUGUGAACGGGAUUAAACUGAACCAACAAAAUCUGUUUAAUUUGGUUUGAUUUCCUGUAAAACUGAUUUAACCAAUAACAAACAAACCAACCCAAAACUGAAAUGCCAUACAAGUUAUAUCAAACAUAGACAUCUAACAUAGUUUCAACUUAACAAUGAGCUCAAGUCGUCCGAAGGACAAUUGGAUAAGAGUGUGGAAAACAUUAGACUGGGAUAAUUCUUAACGUAGAGUUAUAUCACUUAUAUCACUACACAUCUUUUAAUGAAUUACAUUAUUACCCAGGUUAUAUUUAUUUCGUAUAUUGGUUAUAAUCUCAACGUCCUUAAUUAUUCUAUUCGAUUCAUCUAUGGUUUGGUAAACCGCUAAAACAUAUGAUUAGAAACAGAAAUUGAAAACCAGUAUCAAAAGACUUAAUUUUAUUUCAAACCAAAUGAAAAAUCGCACUGUAAUUUCGAUUAGAUCAUCACAGGGAUUAACAACAUCCGAAUCAAACUAAUUAUCGGAUAAAAGUUCACUAAAAUCUAAGUUAAAAAAGAAAACAAAUAAGCCGCGACCACAUAAAGAUAAGCAGAAAGAAGAGAGACAUGGCGGGCUAAUACAAAGCUAUACACGUGAAAAACGAGAGGACAA